UUAGUGAAACAAGAAAAGAAAACUUAGAAAAAGACAUGUUUUGCACAUGGAAGCCAGUGAUCUAAGACGAUGCAAGAGAAUUCAGGAUCUGCACCAGCCAGAGAGAGAAAGAGAGAGAGAUUAUAAUUAUCAAAGACAUCCCUGAUAUCCCUCAGCAGAUCUGUUUCUUCUUCUUCUUCUACUCUUAAGGCUGUUAUUGUUUUUAGAGUUUCAAGUUCUGAGCAAAGUAAUUAGCUCUAAAGGUCAACUCCUGACAAGGAGAAUGGGGAAGGUAGCAGAACCAACAACGAGGGUGGGCGUGACUGCUGCAACUACAAUAUGCUUGCUUCUUAUGCCUCUGAUAUACACUAUAUCCUUCUCUCCACUUGAUUUCUGGAAACAAGUACCAAGUAAGUGUGAUGGUGGUGGGGGUGAAGAUAAUCAUGCUGUUGCUCCAGUUGCAAGCAGUGGUAGCAUCAACUAUGGCGCCCGCCGUGAAGAGGAUGAUUCUGUUCCUGCUCCAGUUGCAAGCAAUGGAAGCGUCAACGAUGGUGGUGACCGUGAAGAGGAUGAUUCUGCUCCUGCAAUAGUUGCAAGCAGUGGGAGCAUCAGUGAUGGUGGUGGCGAAGAAGAAGAUUAUUCAUUAACCUCUUUGCUUGGAAGUCUAUUACGAGGGAAAGAUCGAACAGAGCUAGAGACCACCGGCUUUGCAUGUAAAUCUGAUCCAGAAAACGAUGUCUGCGUUUCAAAUCAACGCGUCUGGAUGAAGACAGACCUGGGCAACUUGACCGUCUACCUCUCCUCUUUAUCUAAUCAGAAUCAGACCCUGCAACUUCCACCUCGCAUGGUGAGACCAUACGUGAAGAAGAACGAUGGCCAUGCCCGUAGAUACGUCAAAGAGAUCACCAUUAAGACAUCUUAUAACUAUAGCACCAAUACCACUACUCCACCUAACUGUGACGUCACCCACGAUGUCCCUGCCGUCAUUUUCUCCUCCGGUCUCGUCGGAAACGUCUUCCACGAACUCAACGAGAUCAUAAUCCCACUCUUCCUCACCUCCCAUCAUUUCCGUUCCCGGCUUAAAUUUGUUAUUGCCGAUUACAACUACCUCUGGGUUACGAAAUUCCGGCGAGUUCUCUCUCAUCUCUCCGACUACGAAAUCAUUAAUCCUUCAGUAGACACAAGAGUCCAUUGCUUCCCUGGCGUCGUCACUGGUCUUCACUUCCACACCGACAACCUCGCCUGCAAGAACAGCGACUUACCCGUCAACUGUUCCAUGAUGCACUUCAGGCAAUUCCUCCGAGAAGCAUUCCAUCUCAAGAUCAAGAACGUCGCCCAGCUGAACAAGAACAUGAACAAGAACAGUUCUUUUAGGAAGCCAGUUCUUGUUCUUCUCUCACGACCUCACUCUCGGAGUUUCUUGAACGAAGGUGAGAUGGUGAAGGUGGCGGAUGAAUUAGGGUUUCGUGUCGUGGUGGCAAAGCCUGAUUUGACUUCGAAUCUUGAUAAGUUCGCACGUGUGGUGAAUAAUUGUGAUGUUAUGGUGGGUGCUCAUGGAGCAGGGUUACCAACGAGGUGUUUUUGCCGGAAGGUGCAGUGCUGGUGCAGGUGGUACCUUUGGGUGUGCAGUGGGCCUCCACUCAUUAUUAUGGGAUUCCAACGGAGGAGAUGGGUGUUCAGUACCUGGAGUACCAGAUCAGUCCCCAGGAGAGCUCGCUAUUAGACGUGUACGGUCCUGAUCACCCGGUUAUCACUGAUCCUGAUUCCAUACAUCGUCAGGGUUAUAAUGUUGGUAGGCCUAUCUACAUCGACGGCCAAGAUAUUAGGCUUGAUCUCUCCAAGUUUAAGGACACCCUGGUGCAAGCACUUAAACUUCUGGGCCGCUAAUUGUUAUUAUUUUUUUUACUUUUUUUGGGUUAUCAAGAAAAUUUUGUUAUAUAUAUUAUGUAAAUUAUGGGAAAAGGAUCUGUACCGUGUACAUCUCUCUCUAAACCCUGUGGGUCCCUUCUUGUAGAAA